AUGGGAUUCGAGGAAAGGCCUUGGAGUGGUUUGGAAAUUAUCUUUCCGACAGAAAACAAUUCGGAAGUUCAACCUACAAUUCACAACAACUGUACAGCAGGGUGCUGCCCUCAACACCGGAUAGUAUUUAUAAAAACCCACAAGACUGCUAGCAGUACCACAGCAUCCAUUCUUGAACGUUAUGGCUACCGCCACAAUCUAUCUUUUGCAGUUCGUCCAGCAGGUCAUAUUAUCGCACAGAAUGUACUCUUUCACCGAUCCCUUGUCGCCGACUUUGAAUCAUCGACCAAGAACAGUUGCUCAAAUGGUGACGGAGGUUUCGACAUGCUGACGAACCACGCCAGAUAUAAUAGACCAGAAAUGGAAGCAGUGGUCCACCAUGCCAAAUACUUAACAAUUCUUCGAGAACCAACGGCACAGUUCGAAUCGGCCUUUGGCUACUUCCAUGUAGCUGAAAAGCUUGGUUUGUCAAGGUUUGAUAAUCCAAUUGAAGAAUUCAUGAAAAAUCCAGAAACAUACCUUAACAUGAGAACUUUUGAUUACUAUUGGCAGUCUAUGAAAAAUCAGCAACUUUUUGAUCUGGGUCUUGACCAUAAAGACCACGAUGACGAAUACAUCGUGGAUUAUAAAAUACAAACUCUUGAGAAAGAACUUGACUUAGUCAUGUUGACAGAGUAUUUCCCUGAAUCAAUAGUCCUUCUCAAGAAGUUGCUUUGCUGGGACUUCAAUGAUAUGUUGUACAUGUCUAACGGAGUCCGGAGUAAAUCACUGCGUUACUCAAUUACACCUGAACUACGCGCGAAGAUCCGAAACUGGAAUUGCGCUGAUGCCAAACUCUAUGAUCAUUUCAACCAAACAUUCUGGAAAAAGGUCAGAGAAUACGGACCCGAUUUUGACAAAGACCUCGCUACAUUCCUAAGAAAGCAGCAAGAAUUGGAGAAUGAAUGCAUUGAUUUAAGUGCAACGCAGGAUAUGAGCCGAGAAAUAGUUUACCAUUUGAAAUCAAAUGCAAGCACGAGGUGUAAAGAUAUUCUUCGCGGAGAUGUAGAUUAUACAACCCUUAUACAAGAUCGGAUGAGGGAAAAUGGUCAAUUGUCAUCAAAAUUCUCGUUUACAUAUCUCCGUGAUGUUUAUAAUUCAAUAUUUCCUGUUUAACUGCUUGUUGUACCAAGUGCUGGUUGUACCAUGAGCGAUGCUAUAUAGAUGGUAGUUAGAGGACAAAUCUGAAAUAUCACUUGUUUUCUCUUCCACAUGUUUUUUAAACAGUUAUAUGACUUGUUAAACAAGUUACGAUGUUAUCAAUGUGUUUUGCGGGCUUCGAAAGUUUUCGAACAAAUACAGUUAUUUUAUUAUGCAAAAGUUGAAGGAUUCGCCUUUUUCUGAUGAAAUUUGAUUCCUACUGAAAUACAAUUCAUCUGAAUAACUUCAUACGUGUUUACUGCGAUCUUCAUUUUCUGGAAAUAUUAGUUUUAGUCAUGUUUUAAGUGAAUAAAUGAAAUGGUAUCUACGUGGUAAACAUUUUGGUGAAAUAAGCUCAAAUGGUCCAGAAUGCAUUUCACAUUUUAAAACCUCUAGAAAGGGUAAACGAGUGCCGUCAAUGUCCGAACUCCUAAAAGUGCUGAAGCUUUCUUGAUACACGAAAAUCAAAGAGUUUGAGCGAAUCGUGACAAUUGAUUCGACAGGAGUUAUGACAUUGGCUGAGCUCGAAAGGCCAUUUUGAACCGGUUCUCCGGGAAUUAUGAUUUGAAGGAAAAGUGAUAAUAAACGAGUAAGAUUCUAAAAAAUUGAUGAAACAUCAAUGACUUUUUAUAAGGUUUCAAUGAUUCCGAAUUUCUGUUCCAUGCAUGUAAAAAAAAACACAGAAUAAUAACUACUGAUUUUCAAUAAGAUCGCAAUCGUUGCACAUUACUUUGCUACAAGAAGAUAAUAUAUGAAUAAAAAACAUAAUUAUUAAGUAGAAAUUCUCAUGAUUUUGUGGGAUUGUAAUUCAGUAGGGUUCAAGAUGCAUUCGAAGUACAGGGUUCCUUAACGUAUCGUAUGCUGCUGAUUUGUUUUUUAAUGUUCAUUAUUAUGUGUAUAUCUUAGUAAGCAGGUUCAGCCCAGUAUCCAUUUUCCAUUUACAUGUAUAUAUUGAGUAUUAGCCUCAAAUCGUAGGCCUAUAUUUAUUUUGAAAGUUGUUUUGCAAGUUUGUAUUGUUUUAGAGGUACAUAAUGCUAGUCACACUAUACGACUCCAAACCGACCGAUGGUAUGUCAUGUCAUUGGUAAUGACGUAAUAGCUUUGAUCGGUUUGGAGUCGGUUAGGGGGUGAAACUGCCAUCAUGGCCAUGAAUUUAGUAUGAGGAUUCAAAGUUUUUGCGGAUUUUGACUCUUGUUAGUCUCAUCCAAAUUUUACAACAGAGCUCUUCUAUUUCAAAGCAAACAUCUAAGUUUUCUAACGGAAAACUAUGAUUUUUUCUAAUUAGUAAUGGUGCAAUAUUUUCUCGGCGAAUAUAUAUAAUACUGUAUUAUGCAUAACAUAUUGUAUUUUCAGUGGUGCUGCAUUCGCAUAAAUUUAAUGACUGAUAUACCAGAAUUAAUGCAUUUUUUUUGGAAUGUCAAACAGUUGGUAAUGGUAUGUAUACAAUAUUGCAGUAUUUCUAUGUAUAUACAACCUUCUUUUUAUAAUUUGUAUCAUUAUCAUGAUUAUUAUGAGCUGAUAAUGAUGAUUAAGUAUUCAAAUUAGCCUGUCAUUUUAUGAAGGAAUAUCCUGAGGGUGACAUAGCUAUAAACGACUUACGUCGUAUAUACAUGUACUAUUCUUUCUAGUUUUAUUUAUUCCAGAAAUUCACCCAGAUGCAAUGUCUCAAUACAUUGAGGUAGCUUAAUGGCCAAAAACAGAAAAACAGAGCACUGCAAAUUUCAUCAAAAUUUGAUAAAAUGUAAGAAAGUUAAGUCAUUGCUAAUUUUAUUUGCAAACUCCCAAUCAUGUUGUGAACUAAGACCAUGCAAUAUUCUUGUAACCCUGCCCCCGACCCUGCCUCAUUUUGCUUGCAUGACAGAGGCCAGGGGGAUUCAUAAAGCUGUUCUUAAAGGGGAAUCCAACCCAAAUAAAAACUUGUUUUUAUAAGGAAAAGAAAAAUCAGACAAGUUGAUAGGUGAAAGUUUGAACAAUAUUGGACACACAACAAGAAAGUUAUGAAUUUUUAAAAGUUGUAAAUAUUGGUAAUCACUAUACCCAUGGAGAUUUCAAAUUGGCCGCAUAUGGGACAUCAUAGUGAUGUAAGGCAAGGACUACUCUUCCAUGUACUCCAAUACAUAUUAUGGCUAAAAUGUCAUUUUUCCCAAUAGAUUUAUUUCAAAUCAUAUUUUUCUUUUAUGAGGACAUAAAACAAUAUACUACCAGGGUUAUAUUUAGAUUACUGCCCCAGGGGAAUGGGUACUCCCUGAUAAUAAAGUACAUGGCCUAUGGGAAAAUUGUCCUUGCCCCUUGUCAUAAUUUACUUACCCAGUUGCCAAUUUGAAAUCUACAUAGUAAUAGUGAUCUCAAUUUCAAAGCAGCUAUAACUUUUUUAUUGCUUGUCCCAUUUCUUUCAAACUUUCACCAUUCCGUUUAAUUUAUUUUUCUCCUUCCCAACACAACAUUUAAUGGCCAAGGCUGGAUUCCCCUUUAAGAGCGGAUUUGGUAAGUGAUGUUCACCAUUUGUACAUUGGUGAUUAUUUUAGCGCGUAAGAAAGGUUCACCAAUCGUUCUUAAAGUCGCUCUUAACUUGAUACGAACAGCUUUAUGAAACACGCAUCAGGAGUAUCAUCAACUGGCUGAAGAUUAUCACCGAUGACAUGUAGUUAUGCCAAUGAUUCUGAACUUCUAUGACGUCCAAAUAAUGUCACCCCUAUGCAUGUGUAUACAAUUUAGGCAGUGGACCAAAUUAUAUUGUUUUUCUGUCCGGAUAACUAGGCCUUUACUAAAUUUUGGGGAAACAAGAAAUGUCAAGGCAUUUGAAAACAUUGUAGCUAUCAUUUCUUUAAUAUCUAAUUUUCAUCGGCAUCCCUAAUUUAGUUAGCCAAAAUCAAUCAAUUACAUAUAUAUAUAUAUAUAUAUAUAUAUAUAUAUAUAUAUAUAUAUAUAUAUAUAUAUAUAUAUAUAUAUAUAUAUUGCUGUGUAUAAUUCAUGUUGCCAAUAUCGUGCAUUGUUGGCCAUUAAUAUACCUGUCGUGAAUAAUGCAAAGUAUAGUCAAACCAAAGAAAACAUUUUGCAAUUUUUACGUUCUUAUCAUUGUUGAUCACGUUGUACUUUUGUGAAUUAAUGUUCGUCUUUGUCGCUCUGUUUUUUUUUUUUUUUUGCAGAUAUAUUCUAUGUUUAUCGUAUAAAGAUAAUGACAAUGUAUUAGCUUGUUAAAUAAAACUUGAUGGUGUAUAUCAGGAUGCAUUGCGCGUUGAAACUACCCCCCCCCCCCCCCCCUCUUCUAACUUUAUGUUUGUGUGAGUGACAUGUCUCCUAGGUAUUAAAGGUUAUCUCGCUUUGUUUAUACUACAUGCCUUUGUUUUGUAAUAUUACACUUACAGUUCAGGGGUUAGCACCAUCGAUUUACUCUCUCUCUCUCUCUCUCUCUUGAUGACGUCAUAUGAUGAUGACAGAGGUGUCAAUAGGUGAACAACAUCCCGUGGAGUUAUAUCUAUCAUGACCUUGGUUAUCCAAAGGAAAUCAGACAAUGGAUUUUCAUCUCAAUUUUCUUGUGAUGAAUCCAGAAAUUAGACACAAAGGGCGUCAUAAUGUUAUUGAAAAAAAAAAAAAGAGAAAAUAUUAAAUCACCAGUACAAGAACCUCGCUCCACCCCUCCCCCCUUCUCUCUCUCCCUCUCUCUCCCUCUCUAUCCCUCCCUCUCCCCUCUAUUUUUGCUUCCCCCCUCUCUCUGCCCCCCCCCCCUUCUCUCUCCAUCUCUUCCUAUCUUUCUUCACACGUCAUUUCUCCUCUUACCCCCUUGCUUUCGCUCCCAUAACUCACUAAACCUCGGUUCUUCUGAAAUCCAAACGAUCCUCAAGCCGAGUCUCUCAUUUCUGAACUUGUAUUCUCGAUAACAUCUUCAGAUGGGGCUAUUAUGGCUAUAUAAUUUUGUUACUUGAAAAUAAAUCAGAUGAGCUUUAAAACCAAUUAUAGUCCAUUUACCAAGCUGAUGGAAGUUUCAUUUUGUCAUGUACUCUAUACGCAUUGAAGCAUUCUUAUUGCCCUGUUUGUUGAUACUGUGAAGAUGUAUGGAUAACACUUACAUAUAAGCUCAAGAAAAUCACAUUUUGAAACAAAAAAUUCCUCUUGCCAAUAUAAUCAUAGGAGAAAUAAAAGGGAAUGAAGUUGAAAGAUUCGAAUAAGGAAGAGAAAGGAAUAGAAUCUUUUUGCGGAUUUAUGAAGAGUAAACGAUCAAUUUUAAAUUAUUGUGUAUGGGUGUUUAAAAAAGAUGCACAAAGAUUUCGUGCAGUUUAACAUUCCAUUCACGAUUUGCCAUUUAAUAUUUUAUGCCCUGGUACAGUAAUUGAUGUGACCCUUAUUACAAAACUAUAGGCCUAUUAUUUAGAACAAUGGUUUUGGCAUUUGUAUGAGAUUGAUGCCAGAAGCUCAGUAUGGUUUUUCAUAGUUAUAACAGUACAAGAAAACUAUCGAAUGAUAUUCAGAAUUCUAUCAGAUAGGAUUUACUGUGUACUAUUUUACUUGUGCUUUACAUUCAUUGUAACAUACGUGUUUUGCUCUUUGAAUUUACUACUCCGAAUAUAUGUAUUCAAAGGUUAUAUGUUUCUUUUAAAACUUGGUUCAGUGUGUGGUUAUGAAAUAAUAAAUUGAAAUUAAAACAAACUAACUAUACAUCCUCAAAAUGGGGACAAUAAUAAUUUUUGAGUGAUUUUUUUCUAUAUAUUUCUAGUACUGCAUAUUUUAACACUCUUCAUGCUCUUAGACAAAAAAGGUUGUUUGAGGGUUUUGUACUUGUCCCGUAUUCAUGGUAUUUGGAACCUUUGAAGAUUCCCUGAAAUGUUCUUACCUUGAAACAAGCAUUUGGGAAAUUUGUGUAUGUUCUUUGUAAAAUAAAGUUCUUGAAUACGUAAAAAACCUUCAUGUUCUUAUAGAAACCCUGUUUCUCAAGGGUUCUACACACGGGACAAAGGGAUCAAAUUCGCACCUUUGCCAAGAUUUUAUAGGCCCACCAUAUCAGUAAUUUCAUUUUUUUUAAUAAGAUAUGAAAUCUAUUUUUUCCUGCUUUAACGUAAAACGUAAAAGAUGUAGAGUUUACCUUAAAGGGAUUGGUUCCUAAAGUAUCUCUCUGAUCAGGGACUAAAAUAGCUCUUUUGCAUUAAAGAGUAGGGUUUCUUCAUUAUACUAAAAACGAAAAAUUAAUUUCGUGUACAAAAGAAAUAGUGAAUGUAUGCUACCAUCCACUCUCUUAUAGUUAUGCAUAAUAAUCAUCACCCAUCCUAUGUAUACAGACUUUUAUGUGAAAUUAUAAGCAAACUUAAAAAACACA